GUCUCCUGCUUGACCUUGAUAGAAUAGACGAACUUUCCCCUUGUGGUCAUCAUUGUUUUGUCACUAUAAGCUAUACCAAUAACGUCUUUGUUGCAUAUACUUUUUUUAUUCAUAACCUGAAAAAUCGUUGCUUGCAAAUGGAAACCUCACUGCCUCUAGCCACUGAUAGCUUCUCUUAUGGUUGGUUAUCAAACUGCAAACCCUUUGCAAAUGACCUUCAGGAAUCAUCUACCUGUAAUUCCCCAUUAAUGGAAGAAUGGAAAAGCUUCAAUUUUGAUAUUUCCUUCACUCACUCCCCUGCUGUUCUUGCUCAUGCUGAUGAACUUUUCUCUAAUGGCCUUAUCAAACCACUCUUUGUUGUCCCUUCCAAGUUAGACUCCUGCAAAACCACCCUAGACUCCGCACACCAAUCCGACCCUGUUUCUUCCUUUUCUUCUAGAACUGUUUCUCCAACAACUCUGCAAAUUCAUCAUGGUUUUCUCACAAGGUGGAAAACCUCCACAUGUAGAACCUUGAGAAACCUUUCUAGGUAUGUCAACCAACUAUGCCAGAGAGUUGCAAGCUCAAGGAAAAAUACUAAAGUUGAUGAUUUUGACAAGGAAGACUGGCUUGUUAAUAGCUGGAGAAGUUCACACCUAGCAUCUCCAAAAUCAAGCUCUAUCAGUCCAAUUGGUGCUUUGCAUGAUCAUGAGAACUCAAUCUAUGAAGCAGUUCUCCACUGCAAAAGAUCAAUAGAAAGAUAAUCCAUCCUCAAAUAAAGAGAAGAUAAUUGUAGAGCUUCCAAGGGUGGUAGCUGAUAAAGCAUGUCUUCUUUGCAUCAUUUCUCUCUUGUUCACACUCACUGUUAUUUUUCUUUGCAUAAACAAGAAGAGGUGCCUUGACGUUUAUAAAUCUAAAUUUCAGAAAAUGUUGGAUUGGAUCCUACUGCUUCAUGGUUUUGUACAGAUAUGAUAGCACAAACUGUGUGUUGUAUUCAUAUAUUUAAUAGAGAUAACAGUGUUCUUCUUCUUCAUUCUUCUUCAUUGCUCUCUUUAACCGUUGUAAUAAAACUUGGCU